GAGUCGGAGCAGAGGCGCGGGCUCUGGGUCGCUCCCGCAUGCGGCGUGCGCAGGCGCAGAGGGCGCUUCCGGCGCUGGCGCCCAUUCCACCGCCCUCCAGGAGAGCAUGCUCCGGCUCGGCUGCGGGCUGAAGCCGCUCGGGUUGGGACUUGGUGCCCCGGCCUCCGCUCGGUUAUCUGCAGGCGCUGAGAUGCCGAAAAAAGCUGGUGCGACGAACAAAGGUAAAAGCCAGAGCAAGGAGCCAGAGAGACCACUUCCUCCCUUAGGUCCUGUGGCAGUUGAUCCUAAAGGUUGUGUCACCAUAGCCAUCCAUGCCAAACCUGGCUCUAAGCAAAACGCUACAACAGAUUUGACGCCUGAAGCUGUAAGUGUAGCUAUUGCAGCACCUCCGUCGGAAGGAGAGGCGAACGCUGAGCUCUGUCGGUAUCUUUCCAAGGUCUUAGAACUCAGGAAGAGUGAUGUGGUUUUGGAUAAGGGUGGUAAAUCUCGUGAAAAAGUGGUGAAACUUUUGGCCUCCACCACUCCAGAAGAGAUCUUGGAGAAAUUAGAAAAGCAAGUUGAACAAAAAUAAAACUCUCUUCAGCAGGCCAGCUUCAUCCUCAGGCCCACUUCCUUCAUGGAGGCAAAAAAGCAGUAGAUCCACAUAUCACCCCCUCCAGUAGGAAGACAGUCUUCUCAGAAGAGCUGUGAAAAUUCUUUUCCAGCUUCUGCCGUGUCUCAGCCCAAAUUUGGUGAUGCAGUUUCUGAACCAGCCGCUGUCAGGGAAUGCCAUGCUAUAACACAAGUUACCUAAACCAGUGACUAUAGAGAAAAGAAGAGACUUGCCCUAAUUGUUUUAGACGAUAAUUGAAGCCCAUCCCAGAGCUGGAGGUGGGGUCAGCCUACUCAGAAGCGAAGGAGUGAAUAGAGAGGGACCUGAAUAAAAGUUGGGAAGUUAUGGAGAAAGAAAUGGAUACUGGAUGGAAUCAACAAAUACCCAUGACAAUAGUUUACUUCAUUUUAAAUGGCCGUAUUUUCACAGGAACUUCUUUGCCUAAGCAGUUUUUUUGAGAAAUAUAUGGUAUCUUGUCAUAAAGAAUCUACAUCCAGUGACACUUUGUCCUCAAAGUGGAGGUUGUGGAGGUAGGAGCUAGCUCAGGAGCUGUGUUUGAGGACCAGAUUUUCCUUGCUUCCUCAGCAAACAGCUGUUAGCAGUGUAAUGCUUCCCAUCCCACACAGGGCGAUUCCCCAGUAGUGACAAUCACAGUUAAGGCUCGGGCACCUUGACCUGCUAUGGAAGUUUAUUUAAUGCAGAUUUCGUCAGCUUGGGCCCAAGAAUAUUGAGGCAGGCCCAGUGACCUAAGGCCGAGGACACAAAAUCUUCAACUCCUAGAUAUUUAUUUGUCUAGUAAUCUGAUUCUAGCCCUGCCCACCCCCAUUAAUUUUAAGUGAAUACCAGCAGAAGUAUAUGAAGUGAUGUGAUUACACUGCAUUUCUUGUCCUGUGCUGUCCUGAGGGUCUAGCCUUUGGGGCAGCCCAUAAAUGAGGUUUGGAAGAUAUUGACCCAACUCUGGCGAAUAGUAUCUGAUUUUCUAGUACUUCAGCGUCACAUAUCACCCCGACUUGAAGAUGUGAUCAGUGAUUUAUGAAGAAUCUGUUAAUAACUCGGGUUGAACACUGCUAGGUGCCUUGCCCCCACCAUACGUUGACAGGACCUGAGAGAGAAAAACCAGGCUCAUCCGACCCCCGGAGGCAGCAGCGGGGAACCGGGAGUCCUGACUCCAGUGGGCCAUUCCCCAUCCUUUGCUGGCUGGGGGCUAGAGAGAGAACCGGAGGAUGUGGGUGGCACUUUUGCAGUGUUUAAAGUUCAGACAGCUAUACUCUCACAAACUUUGGGAGGCAGUUCUUUUCUGGGCUGUGGGCUACCAGCAUCCCUCCUCUUACAAAUUCUAGGGAUUUGGAUAAGUACUUCCCUAAUCGUAAUGCAGAAUAUAAAUUUUGGAACACACCAUGGCACCCCCAUGUCAUAUUUUUUUUAAUGCAUAUGACUUGAGACUAAAAUUUAAGCUAGAUUUUCAGUUUACAUCUGAGAGGCGGCACCAUAAUGCAGAAGCAGAGAGACAUGUAAUUUGAAGAUGGAACUGUACUGCGCUGUUAGGACACCCCUUCGGCAGUGCCGGAGACCAGUGAUCUUCCUUGUCUCGUCUUCUCAGAGACAUUCCUGAGGCUCAGUGUCCUCAUAUCCUGAGUUUCGCUCAGGCCAGAGUGUGGUAGGAACCCAGGUCGGCGGACUGUCAGCAUGGUCCCUAGUGCCUCCCUGAACUCUGCAGCUUUCAGAAAUCCCCUCAGUCAGCAUUUGUGAAAAUAGAAUUGGGCUGGACAGUUGACCAGAAGUAAUUUCUAAACAAGAUGCCAAAUUAUUAAUUUGAGUAAAGAGCACACCUGCCAACUGGACUGUAUAAUGGGGUCCUCUAGUGAGUAUAUUCUGUCCCUUUGGGAAAUCUCUUCAAGAAGCCAGUCAUCGUUUGAAGGCUGCUUGUAGAGCUUGGGAUCAGAGCUAGGGAAAUUAGGCCAGGAUCACAGAGCUAUGAGCAUCUGGAGUUCCCGUUACCUCCUAUCAGUCCCUCUCCUGGUACAGUACUGGACACUGAUGAUUUAUGGCACAGGUGUGCCCUUCUUUUCGGCUCCAGUAUGUCUGUGCAGGAAAACCACCUACCUCUGCCCACAUAGGCUUUCUUGAGAUAAUCCUAUAAUUCCAUUGAUAAGAUUUUCUGCAUUUUACAAUCCUAGCUGCACCGUCCAGUCCCCUUGCUAUUAGAUUUUGGGCAGGGGAGAAUCCCCAAACUUCACAGCACAAGUUAUAGGCUCUGUGGUCAUUUCUACAUGAAACUCAUCUCCUCACCCAUGAUGUGAUUUUAUGAUCAGAGUAGCUUUCAAGUUGUUUCAGAGCCUUAGGUUUCCCCAGAGAUACCUUGGGGAUUGGAGCACUGGAGAAUAAGGGAGUGAGUCAAGUCAACAGAACUCCAAGCCUUUAGUUGUCAUCUUCUAGAGCUGUGCUGCUAGCCUCAUGGGGCUAUUGAGUACUUGAAAUGUGGCUAAUCAAAUUUAAAAAUAAACAAGCAUCAUAGAAAUAAAGGCCACACAACAGAGAAGACACUGAAAGCAUGGCAUGGGAUUUAGAGGGUGGGACAGGAAGGUGAGCAGAGAAAGGAAAAUGAGAUACAGAAGUCCAACAAAGGAAAAUCAACACAUACGUAACCGGAGUCCUGAAAUGGAACAGAAAAAAAGAUUUAAAAGUAUCAUGAAGAAACUACUGAAGAAAAUAACAGAUAAAUUUACAGAAUGGUGCAGUGUCCCAGGUGAAACACUGAAAGAUCAACAGUGAGACAACCAUGUAAGGUACUCUGAUUUAAAAAAUGAAAGACUGUGGCCAUCUAGACAAAAAGUUGAAGUCACAGGGAGAGGGGAGACACAUGUAUGCAUAUUCAUAUAUUGUGGACGGGACUGGAUGCUACAGUGUUUCAGAAAAUGUGGCAGCAUUUAUUAAAAUUAAAAACACAGAUCUUUUUUAACGCAACACUUCAACUUUUGAGACUACCCUCUGCAAAACACAACAUAAAAGCACCGAAGGAUAUAUGGACAAUAGCAACACAGCAUUGUUAGUAGGGGCAAAAAAGGGGAUAUAAGCUAAGUGUCUACCCCUAGGAGAAUAAUCAUAUUGUCAGUGGUAAAUCUGUAUUAUAGAAUAUAUGUCAUUAAAAUUAAAUCAUUAGUUUUUAAUCUAUAA